CGAGGAGCUGCCCCCGCAGCCCGCCGCGAUCCCAGCAUGGGACGGAAAGCAGCGGGCCCGGCCGGACAGACGGACGGGCAGGCGGGGAGGGCUGCGGGCGGGAGGGGGAGGGCGGCGCGGCUGCCGGGGAACUCUCUUCGCAGACCCCCCACUUCUCCUCAACUGUUUCUUUGUGCUUUUAUUUGCUUUCUCCUUUCCCCCUCCCUUAAUUCCCCCUCCUCCGUCUUUCGUGCUUUCCCAAGCCGCGAACGCAGCCUCCUUCCUCCAUGCUGGUGCGUGUGUGCGCGGUGCCAAGCGAGGGAGCAGCCACACAGGCGACCGCCGGACCGCGGCCGCGGAGGCUCGGGCACCAGCCACGCAGGACCGCGGGAGCCGGGGGGGCAGGGGGCAGCACGGCGGAGCGGGCGGCGGGACCCCCAGCCGCGCGGCACGGGGGGCCGCCGGCAUUGCGGGCGGCUCGGCGCGCCGGGGAGAGCUGCUCGGUGGGCCGGGGUGUAACGGUGCGCUCUCCUCCCCCUUCCUCCCUGCCCUCCUCUCCUCCCUCUCUCCUCUGCCCAUCCCUCGCUCUGCUCCCGGCACUCUCCCUCUUCCUCUCUUCUGCAUCCCCCCACAUCGCCCCUUCCCCACUCCCUUUUUCCCCCGCUUGUUUCUUCCCCCUCCCCCCCCGGCGCCCACCUCCCCGCUCCCCCGUCCCCGCUUUUCACAGCGGCUUUUACUUCGCCAGGACGGCGCCCGGUGACGCCGCGGCAGCCGCCACGGAGAGGGCGCAGGACCCGCCGCCGGGCCCGCCGUGUCCCCUCGCCGGGGCGGCCUGGGCCCCCCGCGGGCCCCCGCAGGGCUGCUUCGCCUGCAUCGCCAAGCCGCCCGCCCUGCGGCCCGCCUCGCCCCUCCUGGCCCCCGCCGCCGCCGGCUACCUCAUGGAGGGCAAGGGCUGCAAAGGGGACGGCCUGCGGCCCGCCGGCCAGUGCAAGCACUUGGUAGAGAAGAAGACGAUGACCAACCCCACCACGGUGAUCGAGAUCUACCCGGACACCACCGAGGUGAACGAUUACUAUCUCUGGUCCAUCUUCAACUUUGUCUACCUCAACUUCUGCUGCCUCGGCUUCAUCGCCCUGGCCUACUCGCUCAAAGUCCGGGAUAAGAAACUCCUCAACGACUUAAACGGAGCAGUUGAAGAUGCCAAGACAGCCCGGCUUUUUAACAUCACCAGCUCAGCCCUUGCCACCUUCUGUAUCAUCCUUAUAUUCAUCUUCCUGCGAUACCCACUCACCGACUACUAGCGCGAGGCCAGCAGCAGCAGCAGCUGCCAAAACGCCUCUCCGCCAAAAGUGUCUGCAGUUAUUUCCUGUAGCAAGGACACAAAAGCAACACUCCACCUUGAUUGCAAAAAAAAAAUAAGUAAAUACAUAACUAAAAAUUAAACGAAUUUAUCAGCCUAACUGAGUAUACCCUUCCUGCCCCCAAACUGUGUGUGAACUGCUGUAGGAAAGGGUUUCACUCGUACGUUUGUACAGGGAGAAAAACAAAACAACCACAAAUAUCUAUUUCAUAAUAAACAACAAAACGGUGUGACAGCAGCGUGCAAAACCUAGAGCUGAACACGACUCGAGUAAUCCUAGACAGGUGAACUGCAGGACAGGAGGAGGAGCAGCCGCCGGAGCGUGGCCCAGGCACGAGCCCGUGGUGGCCAGCGGCCCCGAGCCGCGCUGCAGCCGGGGAGCAGCAGGGCCCCCCCGGCCCCGGGGCUCGAGGUGCCCCCCAGGACCGCGGGCACCGACUCGGAGGCGGAGGGGGGACGGCGACGUGCCUGCCGCCGAGAGGGGAACCUGGCGCUGGAGGCAGGGCUGGUGCAGAACAUAUCAGACGUGUGCAGACUGCUCUCCCACGCCCCAGCCCCCUAACGUACCUUUAUUUUUUUUAAUUUUCCUUCUCUGAUACAGUUCUCUGCUGAAUUUCAUUCAAUGGUUGUAACGGCUUACCCUCCCCAGAGAACUGAAUGUUAGAAAAGCUCAUCCUAGAGAACCUCAAAGCCUCCACAUAAGCCCCAAAGAGUUAAAACAGAUGAAAAAAAGGGAGGAUCCUCCUUGGGAUCUCCCGGCACUGCUGAGAACGUAGGCACCUUCUGGAGAACUUGCAGAAACCCUGUAAACCGAGUGCUACUGUAUUUCUGUAAACCGUCAAUAAAGAUACCUCUGACAUCUGA